ACACCCACCCACCCACACAGAGGAAAAGAGAGGCUGGAACAGGAAGAGGUGGUAGAUUAGCUUCCCUCUAUGUGUGUCUCCGGGUGUGCAGUGUGCAAGUGAUCAGCAGGGUCAUAUCAUGGCAGCCAAGGCAAGAGUUUUGUAUGACUUUGAUGCAGAACCUGGAAAUAAUGAAUUAACCGUUAAAGAAGGGGAGAUCAUUACAAUAACCAACAAGGAUGUUGGUGGAGGUUGGAUAGAAGGAAAGAACAAUCAUGGUGAAAGAGGACUUGUUCCAACAGACUAUGUAGAGUUUUUAUCGGGGGACAGUGUGCAUGUAAAUACAGCAGCAGAUAUGGCAUUCUUGGAUUCCCUCUCAUCAGUAGCAGGAAACAAUGCAAACUCUGUUGCAAACCACAGUGAGCAGAUGGAUCAUUUUGUUCCUGUGACGGUUACUGGUACAGAGGAAAGUGACAUCCAGUCACCUCCUUCUUCUCCUGCAAUCCAGGCAAAAAAUGAUCCAUGGUCUAGCUGGAAUGCUACCAAGCCUGCAGCAACAGAAAGUGCAAGUGACCCUUGGGGUAUGAACCAGAAAAACUCUUCAUCAAAUAAUUGGGGUGACUCUUCCUCUGCAUUUGGACAUCCUCAAGCUUACCAAGGACCAGCUGGGGAUGAUGAUGACUGGGAUGAUGACUGGGAUGACCCAAAGUCUUCUCCUCCGGGAUACUUGGGUGAGGGGACAGAGGCAGGAGGAGCUCAGCGUGGAACUGGAAGGCCAGCAUCCAUGAGAAUACCACUAAACAAAUUUCCUGGAUUUGCUAAAUCUGGAGUUGACCAGUUUCUCAUGGCUAAACAGCUAGUGAAAACCAAAGAGAAAAUUCCAAUUAUCAUUGGAGAUUAUGGCCCUAUGUGGAUGUAUCCAAGUGCUACUUUUGACUGCAUUGUAGCAGAUCCACGAAAAGGGACUAAAAUGUAUGGUCUAAAGAGUUAUAUCGAGUAUCAACUCACAACAACUAACACUAACCGUUCAGUUAACCACAGAUACAAACAUUUUGACUGGUUGUAUGAGCGUCUCCUGGUAAAAUUCGGAUUAGCCAUACCUAUCCCCUCUCUUCCAGACAAACAAGUAACAGGGCGCUUUGAAGAAGAGUUCAUAAAGAUGCGUAUGGAAAGGCUACAGGCUUGGAUGUCCCGAAUGUGCCGUCAUCCUGUAGUUUCAGAGAGUGACCUAUUCCAACAAUUUCUCAAUUUUAGAGAUGAGAAGGAGUGGAAAGUUGGAAAGAGGAAAGCAGAGAAAGAUGAGACGGUUGGAUGUAUGAUAUUUUCAGUGAUGGAACCGGAUGCCCCAGAUCUUGACAUGAUAGAAGUGGAGCAGAAGUGUGAGGCAGUCAGUAAAUUUACCAAAGCAAUGGAUGAUGGCGUAAAGGAUUUGCUUAACGUGGGUCAGGAGCACUGGAAGCGAUGCACAGGACCGUUACCAAAGGAAUAUCAGAAGAUUGGAAAAGCUUUGCAAAAUUUAUCCCAAGUAUUCAGCAGCAGUGGUUAUCAAGGUGAAACAGAACUGAACAGUGCAAUUACAGAAGCGGGGAAGACUUAUGAAGACAUAGCCUCCAUGGUGGAAGAACAGCCAAGGAAAGAUCUUCAUUUUCUGAUGGAGACUAAUCAUGAAUACAAGGGCUUUUUGAGCUGCUUUCCAGAUAUUAUUUCUGCUCACAAGGGAGCAAUUGAUAAAGUGAAAGAAAGUGACAAGUUGGUGGCUACAAAUAAAAUUACACAGCAAGACAAGAUAAACAUGAUUAAGCGAGUAAGCACAAUGUCAUUUUCACUUCAAGCUGAAAUGAAUCACUUCCAUUCUAAUCGAAUAUACGAUUACAAUAGUGUUCUUCGCCUCUACCUUGAGCAGCAGAUCCAGUUUUAUGAAGCAAUAGCUGAGAAAUUGAAGCAAGCUCUCAGCCGAUUCCCUGUGAUGCAAUAAGAUGUCCAAAACAUGAUCUGAAAAAUAACUUGGAAGUGCCUAAUUCCAAUUGGUGGAUAUUGUAAGCCAUUUGGACUCUACAACCAGGAGUGAAACCUGGAUUUGCACAGCCACAUUUACAAUGCAUCUUGAUUAUAAUUAAGGUGUUGUAAGUUAAAAUUAGUUCUCUGUCCCAUGAUGACAGAAUUUUCCAGUGCACUUACUUGUCAUGGCUUAUGAAGUAUAUGUUCAUUUUGAAAUGCAGUUGGUGAAUUAUGUCAUGCCUUACUCCUCCAGCAGUUAAGUGCCUGAAUGUAGUGGUGUUCCACAACUGAAGGACAGAUCUACAGUAACAAGAGCCUUGUACCACCGUUCAGCUUCUUGUGUUCUCUUGUUAGUAAAUGGCUAACUUGCUAUUUAUUUUGUUAAAUCCACAUUGUGCUUUGAAAUGUUAUUUCAUAUUCACAUUAAUUCAUGAAAACAAAAAGCGUUAUAUUUGCUAACACUAAAUUACAUAAAUGUGUGCAUAUAUAUGCAAAUCUUGUGUAUAUAUAUAUACAUACAUAUAUAUAUAUUGUUGUGUGUGUGUGUAUAUUGUGUAUAUACACACACACCAUCAUAUUCCACCAUAUAUUAAUUAAUAAGAUUGUAUUGUGCCACAUAAUUGUUAUAUCGCCAUAAGACAUACCUUUAUAUUUACUCAACUUUGUUGUAAAUCAUUUAUGUGUGUGAACUUCAAAUAUAUUGGAAGAGAUACUACAAAGCUAAACAUCAACAAGAGAGGUUAUAAUUAAAACCUUUAGAUAUGUAUCCAAAAGAGUGUAUUAGCAGAUGGGAUGCAAAGAUAAAGUUCCAUAAGAGGAUCAAAAACAGCAUUCCAUUGGUUUCCAUGACAAUUGUUCCACUUAUAGAACUUUAACUUUGAAUUAGUCACAAUUCUUAGCACCAGUAGUGCUAAGAAUCACAGGAAUGUACUCUACAUGUGGAUUUUGCUGAAUAGUGAAAUAAGCACUGUUGGCGAAACUGGCAAGAUUUGCCCAUAUUUUAAUUUAGAAUAUCGCUAUCAUUCUGAUUUGGGUUGUAUGCUAAACUAAUGUCAUUUUAUAUUUACCAGGACAACAUACUUUUUUGCCUUCCCUGUUAUUUUCUAUCAUACAUUUCGUGAGACACCUAUCCAUGACAAAUACAGUUUAAUAUGUCCACUGUAGAAACAAAA